AUGGCUCCUAGAACGAAGCACUACGAGAAUCUCCCCGAUGUUGACGACCACGACAAUCGCUCCAGCACGGAAGUCGAGGAGGGUUUGAUGCAUGAGGAGAAGCAUUGGCACUCGAUCGAUCUUGACGCCAGCCCGUCACCGAAGAAGACAUGGUGGAAGCAGACCAAGGCUCUCUUGAGGCGAUACCGCUGGCUCAUCGACACCCUGCUCCUCCUGACAAACAUCGGUUUGAGUUUGGGACUGAGUCUGUUGAUGUACUAUCAAUUUGAGGAUGCCAAGUUCCCUGUCACUGUCAGGCAGGUUGGCGGGGAUUACACUGGUGCUGGACCAAUGUUUCCCACGAAGGUUGUGUCAUUCGCGGCAGACUACGCGUAUGUCCCGCCUAAUGCGACUGAAUUCAUGAGCGAUGCUACAUUGAGCCAAUGGAGGUCGUUGCUGCCAGUUGGUUCGGGAUGGAAGUGGGUUGGUAAUGACCCAUUCUUCACUACAUCAAUGACCCAUCAGCUGCACUGCAUCUUCAUGAUGGGCAAUAUCUUCUCGGGCCUGACGACAAACAACAUGGACAAGGUUCCUACGGACUACGUCUCGCACUACUUCCACUGCGUCGAUUAUCUGAGACAGGCAGUCAUGUGCUCGGGUGACGUUGCGCUUGAGCCGCAUGAGAUCACUGAUUCUGAUGACAACGGUCCGCAAGAUGGAAGCUGGAACGGACAGCAUGUGUGCAAAGACUACAGCCAGGUCAUGAAGUACCUCGACAAACAAAUUGCCGAGGGCGUUCGUGUUGUUUUGCCGAUAGACGAUUAA